AUGGGAGAAGCAGUUGUUCUUUGGAUUCCAGACGAAGAAGAAGACGAUCAUCAUCAUCAUCUUCCUUCUGGCUCGGGCAGCAGCGGCGGAGUUUCCAUGGCGUACUGCAGAAUCUGCCACGAAACCGGAUUCGAGAGCUUCAAGAGCCUGGAAGCGCCCUGCUCUUGUUCUGGAACCGUUAAGUACGCGCACAGAGAUUGCAUACAGAGAUGGUGCGACGAGAAGGGGAAUACAACCUGCGAAAUCUGUCUCCAGAACUACGAACCUGGGUAUACAGCUGCAAAAGUAUCAUCGUCAAAGAAAGACGAUGAGUUAUUAGAGGCAUUGACUAUCAGAGAUAGCUUGGAGAUUGGGAAUGAAGAAGGAAUGGUGGGACAAGUGGGUGUCCGCCACGUGGCGGCGGGAGAGUAUUCGGUGUGCACAACCGCCGCCGAUAGAAUCGUUGGUGUAUGCCGUUCUUUGGUCCUAACCUUUACGUUCCUGUUGUUGUUGAGACAUUCGUUUGAGACACUUGUGAGCGGAACGGAAGAAGACUAUCCAUUCACAAUCACUACUAUACUCAUACUGAGGGCCAGCGGGAUCAUCAUCCCAAUGUACAUAAUAGUUCGAACCAUAGCAUCCCUUCAAAAAAGCAUUCGUCGACGGUAUCAGGGUUGCGAUGAUGAUGACCAAAUAGAAGAUGGAAGAGGAUUUUCAGACGAGGAAGUAGUAGCAGCAGCAGAAGAAGAAGAGCAGCUGCACUUGGUAUAG